UGGAUCCAUGGCCCAAUAUGCAGGUGAGGCGGCAAAGCUUGACCCGUAUAGCGAUUGCCUUGCUACAAAAAAGCUAGGGCUGGAACUUUCAGAAGCACGACAAGUGAUUGAUUGAUUUCUAUUUGCGUCUUUUGGGACUACCAGCGCUACCUCUCACAAAGAAUCAGAAAUCAUGCCGAAGAAUAAGGGAAAGGGAGGUAAGAAUAGGAAGAGAGGAAAGAACGAAGCAGAUGAUGAGAAACGUGAGCUCAUCUUUAAGGAAGAUGGACAGGAGUAUGCCCAAGUGCUUCGCAUGCUUGGUAAUGGCCGUUGUGAAGCAAUGUGUAUUGAUGGGUCCAAGCGUCUAUGUCAUAUUCGUGGGAAGAUGCACAAGAAGGUUUGGAUUGCAGCUGGUGAUAUCAUACUUGUUGGGCUGCGUGACUAUCAGGACGACAAGGCUGAUGUUAUCUUGAAGUAUAUGCCAGAUGAAGCUAGGCUUCUAAAGGCCUAUGGUGAACUUCCUGAGAGCACACGUCUCAAUGAGGGUAUUGCUGGAGGUCUUGAUGAGGAGGAUGAUGGUGCUGGCGAUGAUUAUAUUGAGUUUGAGGAUGAAGAUAUUGAUAAGAUCUAGAGUUUGGAAACUGACUCUCUUUCUGUUUUAUGUUUAGUUUAUGAAGAGAGAUGGUUCAUGAGAGUGUCUAAUGUGAUAUUAAAAUACCUAAACGAGGGUUUGUGCUUUAUAAAUUGGAAUUUGAGAUGUUAAUUUGAUCAUAUUUCAUGUAAUACCUAUUGUUAUCACUUCUAA